AUGGCGUCACCCUGGAGAGAUGCACUGAGGAGCAAGGCAGCAAGGGUGAGCGGCCACCGGGCGAGGGACCUGAGCAACCCCCCAGGGGCCAACCCCGGCAGUGGUGAGGACAGGAGGAGCCCAUCGCCCCGGGCCAAGCGAGACAAGGAGUCGUGGCACCAGAAAUCGUGCCACGGGAACUGCGAGCCAGGCGAGCAGGAUGGAGCAGGAGGUGGAAUCGAGGAGAGGGUGAGGAUGAGGCAGAGCCAGCGGCGCAGCCGGCACCGCAGAGCCCGCAUGGAGGGAAAGGAGCCGGCCAGUGCCUUGGGGAGCCGCUCGGCCAGCCAGGAGAUGGGUCUGGAGGAGGCCAGCCCCACAGAGGGGGCUCAGGAUGGGGAUGCGGCCGCAGCAGAGGUGCUGAUUCCAGGGGAGCCAGAGGCGAGCGGGGAGCCUGACAGGACAAAUGGGGUCCCAGCCAGCGAUGCUGAGCUGGUAGGGACAGCCGAGGAGGGGAGCACCCCUCAAGCAGCACCCGAGCCCCCCCGGGGGCAGCCGGGCAGCCUGACGGAGCAGGACUGCAGCAGCCUGGACACCAGUGAGCAAGCGCUGCUGGAAGGCAGCCGCACUGUCAGCCGGAGUGAGCCUGACCUCUCCUCCAUCACUCCCAACACCGAGAAGGCCACGGAGAGCACCACCAUCAUGAUCGAUGUCCACGACUCCGCUGUGGUACAGAUUAGCAACAAGACAGAUGGUGAAGCCAGUCCCUUAAAGGAGGCUGAGAGCAAAGAGGAUGAGGAGGAGGUGGAGAAGAAGAAGCGGAAGAAAGAGAAAAGUGAGACGGGCAAAGCCAUGGUGCCGCACAGCUCCAUGUUCAUCUUCAGCACCACCAACCCGGUGCGGAGGGCUUGCCACUACAUCGUCAACCUGCGCUACUUCGAGAUGUGCAUCCUCCUGGUGAUCGCCGCCAGCAGCAUCGCCCUGGCGGCCGAGGAUCCCGUCCUCACCAACUCAGACCGUAACAAAGUCUUGAGGUAUUUUGAUUACGUCUUCACCGGCGUCUUCACCUUCGAGAUGGUUAUCAAGAUGAUCGAUCAGGGCUUGAUUCUGCAGGAUGGCUCCUACUUCCGAGACCUCUGGAACAUCCUGGAUUUCAUCGUGGUGGUGGGAGCGCUGGUGGCUUUCGCCCUGGCGAAUGCUUUGGGGACCAACAAGGGCCGGGAUAUCAAGACCAUCAAGUCUCUCCGUGUGCUACGGGUCUUGAGGCCUCUGAAAACCAUCAAGCGACUGCCCAAACUGAAGGCUGUCUUCGACUGCGUUGUGACUUCCCUCAAGAACGUCUUCAACAUCCUCAUCGUCUACAAGCUCUUCAUGUUCAUCUUUGCUGUCAUCGCCGUCCAGCUCUUCAAGGGGAAGUUUUUCUACUGCACUGACAGCUCCAAGGACACGGAGAAGGACUGCAUAGGGAACUACGUGGACCAUGAGAAGAACAAGAUGGAGGUGAAGUGCCGGGAAUGGAAACGCCAUGAGUUUCACUAUGACAAUAUCAUCUGGGCUUUGCUCACCCUCUUCACGGUCUCCACUGGCGAGGGUUGGCCCCAGGUGCUGCAGCAUUCAGUGGACGUGACGGAGGAGGACCGCGGGCCCAGCCGCAGCAACCGCAUGGAGAUGUCCAUUUUUUAUGUCGUCUAUUUUGUGGUCUUCCCUUUCUUCUUUGUCAACAUUUUUGUGGCUCUCAUCAUCAUUACAUUCCAAGAGCAAGGAGACAAAAUGAUGGAGGAGUGCAGUCUGGAGAAGAAUGAGAGGGCCUGUAUUGACUUUGCCAUCAGCGCCAAGCCCCUCACGCGGUACAUGCCCCAGAACCGGCACACCUUCCAGUACCGGGUCUGGCACUUUGUGGUCUCCCCAUCAUUCGAGUACACCAUCAUGGCCAUGAUAGCGUUGAACACCGUAGUGCUGAUGAUGAAGUACUACUCUGCUCCAUACACCUAUGAGCUGGCCCUGAAGUACCUGAACAUCGCCUUCACCAUGGUGUUCUCCUUGGAGUGUGUCCUCAAGAUCAUUGCUUUUGGCUUCCUGAAUUAUUUCCGGGACACCUGGAACAUCUUUGACUUCAUCACCGUCAUCGGCAGCAUUACUGAGAUCAUCCUGACGGACACCAAGCUGGUGAACACCAGCAGCUUCAACAUGAGCUUCCUGAAGCUUUUCCGGGCUGCUCGGCUCAUCAAGCUGCUGCGCCAGGGUUACACCAUCCGCAUCCUGCUCUGGACAUUCGUGCAGUCCUUCAAGGCCCUCCCCUAUGUGUGCCUCUUGAUCGCCAUGCUCUUCUUCAUCUACGCCAUCAUCGGGAUGCAGGUUUUUGGCAAUAUCAAACUAGAUGAGGAAAGCCAUAUUAACCGACACAACAACUUCCGCAGCUUCCUGGGAUCCCUCAUGCUCCUCUUCAGGAGUGCCACGGGAGAGGCAUGGCAGGAGAUCAUGCUGUCCUGCCUGGAGGGCAAAGGCUGCGAGCCGGACACAACGGCCACGUCCGGGCAGAAUGAGAAUGAGCGCUGUGGCACUGACCUGGCCUAUGUUUACUUCGUCUCCUUCAUUUUCUUCUGCUCUUUCCUGAUGCUCAACCUGUUCGUGGCGGUCAUCAUGGACAAUUUUGAAUACCUGACUCGGGAUUCCUCCAUCCUGGGACCUCACCAUCUAGAUGAGUUUGUCCGGAUCUGGGCAGAGUAUGACAGAGCAGCAUGUGGCCGAAUCCAUUACACUGAGAUGUAUGAAAUGCUGACUCUUAUGUCCCCACCGCUAGGCCUCGGCAAGAGAUGUCCUUCCAAAGUGGCCUAUAAG